CGGAUCUCUCUUGAAUUCGUAGGCUAAGCUUUCUCAGUAUUGUCCUUUUUGACGAUCGGAGAAAGGAAGGAAACUGGGAAGGAUAUAGGUAAUUUGAUGAAGCGUUUGAUUUGACGAGCGGAGAACGUCCACUCGUCUCGCACAUCGAGAAAACAAGAAACCUGCCACAUGACUCGAGGAAAGCAGGAAGUAGGUGGAAAGGAGUCACCUAUUGCUGAAACCCCGCAUCCAGCACGAACCACUUUUUCAGUGCCAUCAGCGUUGUAGAAGGAGAGCAAAGUAUUCGAAAAAAUGUAUUGGAGACUUUUUCAUGUGACAGUAUUUCUUGCCGUUUUCGCAGGAACGACAUAUGCGCAAUCUGCUGAUUGUGCCUCAUUAAUGCUUUGCGCCAUAUGCCAAAACAACACCGACUGCAGCUGGCUGGAUUGUGGAGGUACCACGACGUGUGUGAAUGAGACGGCAACUAACAUCACCAACUGUGUCAAUGCUACCUGUGGAGUAUCUCCAUCCCCACCAGUCCCAGUCACUUCCCUUCCUACUGCUGGACCAACUACAGUCAACUCCACCAACUCUACCAUCGAACCCACCUCAGGUACACACACACACACACACACACACACUCUCUCCCUCCCUACUGCUGGACCAACUACAGUCAACUCGUCCACCAACUCUACCAUCGAGCCCACCUCAGAAUCUGUGAACGCGUCAACGACACACCCACCUGCUCCUCCCACUACCCACGAUUCCAACUCCACUGUUCCCAGCUCACCAGCCUCCAACGUAACCGUGACGACCGUGGUUCCGUCCCCCUCGAAGUCGUCAACGUUCGACGCGGCUAGCUUCAUCGGGGGGAUCGUGCUGGUCGUGGGCCUGCAGGCGGUCAUCUUCUUCCUAUACAAGUUCUGCAAGUCCAAGGACCGCAACUACCACACUUUGUAACGCACACGCACAGAUGUGUUCCCACUCCCUGCCGCAUAGGCAUCACACUGGACAGACACACACACACACACAGACACACACUCCCGCCCCUUAUUUUCAGUGUCACAAACUAACACACACACACACACACACACACACACACAAACACACACACUUGGAUUAAUACUCCUGUCUAUAUAGACCUACCUAAGAUGAGAGACAUGCCUCUGUGUGUGCCCAGAUGCACACAUUGACAUAAGCAGCCUCACUCUCCCAAACAAAGACCUUCCUACUGAUGCCAUAUUAGCCAAGACCCCUUCAUGGUCUUGGGCAAAAAAAAAAAUGACCUUUGCAUGAACUUAGAUUACGUACACACACACACACACACGUGUAUAACCACAUUUUUCGAGACCAAUACAAAUGCCUUUAUUUUGAAACCCAACUCCACAAACAUGUAAAGUACUGAAGGCAAUUAUGUCAUUAACGUUCCUGCACAGACCCAUGUCUGUUAUGAACGUGUGUGUGUGUGUCAUUCCUGGCCUCCCAGAGGCUGUGGAGGGCAGUCCAAAAAGCCAGAGCAGGCUGAAUCAGCCAAUCAGCCGCAGGGCUGCAAGCACCUUUUAUUCUCCCCCUUUGGCACGGCUAUCAUGUCCUCUCACAGCCAACCAAAAUACCGCACUCACAUUUACGUCCCUCCACCCCCUGACCCUCAACACCCCCCCCCCCCCCCCCCCAAGCUCCCAUUCCGCUCCGGGCUAAUCGUCAUUAAAACCUUUCAGGCAUGGUGGGAGUUGGAUUGUGGGUUAUGUUUUGAACAGUGCAUAACAUGGCCAAUUAGUUGGUAGCACAUCAGUGUUGACACCAUUAGGCUCCCUUGCCUUCGCCGCUAAUUAGCAAUUGAAACUUGCAGUGUCUGUCUGUCCAGUGAGGUGUUCUAAUAUUUCACCAACCCUCUCUAAAGCCAGAUUAGUGUGUACAUCUCUCAGAUCAUAAAAGCCUGACUUGAAGAAUUCAAUUAUGAACCCCUUAAUGAUCACCUAACACACACUUGGACGUAUCUGUUACUAUUUAGCAAGCAGGUGAAUAAAUGUUUCUAAGAAGCCAAUUGGUUGAUUUGCCACUGGCUACAGCUGUUCCUACCUGUACUGGUUACAGUCCAUGCUUUAUGGAUACAGUACUGUUGUGUACAGGUCUGUGCCAUUAGCAGCAGUAACAACAGCAGUGUUUGCGGGCAUGCAACUUGAACCCUGCGUUAGCCACUCUGCUAAUGUGCAAGAUCAGGGCUUCGCCAUUCGGUUAUGCAAUACAAGCCAUGGUAGCCACCUGUGCCAGUGGUUGUGCUUGUAUCUUGGGCUUACAACUAAGUGGUAAUAUAUCAAAUAUCUCCUCAUCAGAAUUUAAGAUGGAGAGGUGUUUGGUUUGUUACAUCUGCGUGUAUGUAUAUGUGUGUGUGAGUGAGAGAGUGAAGCAGUCGUGGGUUAAAAGUGUGUCUUUGGGAAGCCAUGGCAGAUGAAGUGCCUUCAGUGUUGACUCAAUCAAGAGGCGUCUGAGAUGAAGAGGGAGCCUUCCCCCUUGCUCCAGACAUGUGAAUGUGUUACUAGUGUGACUGCAGAUUCCUGUCGUGUGUGUGUGUGUGUGUGUGUGUGUAUGAAUGUGUUGCUGUGAUUUGAUGUAAAGAGGCAAUGGAGGCUCCAGCUGGACUGAUUGCUAUAAGUCAUUUAAUAAUUAUGUCGUCGGUGAUGAUUUGAUGUUAAUGCUUAAUUGAUUAACUUGUGUGUCGGGGGGGAAAUCACCUAUGUAUUUCUGCUUCACAAUGACGCUGAUGCGUCUUAGAAGCCUUCGAGCUUUUCGACCGUUGUCAUGGUGUAACCACGCGUGUGUGUGGCAGUGUAGAGACCCCUCUCAUGCAGUCUUACGUGGAUGAGAUUUUUAUUUAAAUUUUUGAGACCAGGUAGUAUGUGCAAGGUCAUCGUGUCGAUCAUCCUCUGGCUAUCACAGCCUGAUGGGGUCAGUGUCCGGCCAGUGGCCAAUACAGGUUAGAAUUUGAGUUUGGGAUAUUUCUUCAGAAUUAUGCAGAAGUGCUAUGUGCCAAAAUUUCGGGAAGAUAUUUUAUGU